CGGCUGUGCUAGGUCCGAACCUGUGGUGGCCAGGCUAUCUCCCGCGCUCAUCUCCAGUCUCUUCUGGACUAAGCUCCAUGGCGGCCACGGCGGCCGCUGCCGCAGUGCGCCCGUCGCUCCCCCGCACGUCGCCGCGCCGCGAGCGCAGCACCUCCUGCUGCUCGUUUGCGCCGGCGACGAGCGCCCCACGGUCCACAUGCCUGCCGUCCUCUGUAAUCCCCGUGCAAAGAUGGCGCUGCACCGUCACCCAUACCGGGACCUGGAGUCGCCGGCUUCACGGGCCGCGCUGGCGCUGCACCCAGGCCCAAGUGGCGAGCGGCACCGUCGACGACGACGAGGCGUGCGAGCUGGUGAGGGGCACGGACCUCGUCAUCGGGCAGGGCGACGACGAGAGCGUGCGCGCCUACCUCCUCGAGGCCGUCAAGAACAACAACGGCACCUGCGUCCUCUUCCUCCCCGACGUCUUCGGCUUCGAGGACUCCGCCACCAGGGACUUCGCCUACCGCAUCGCCUGCCACGGCUACAACGUUCUGGUGCCGGACUUGUUCCGCGGGAACCCGUGGAAGAAGAGCCUGCCGAUGGACGGGUUCCAGGCGUGGCUCGCCGAGCAGGCCCCGGAGAGGGUGUCCGGCGACAUCGAGACGUGCAGGAAAUGGCUGGUUGACGACUUCUUGGCGGCGGCGCCGUCCAAGAAGCUGGGCGUGGUCGGGUUCUGCUACGGGGGCGGCCGCCUCGUGGAGACGCUGGCGCGCGACGCCGACUCCUGCUUCAGCGCCGGCGUCUGCUUCUACGGAUCACGGAUGGACGCGUCGCUCGGGGCGCAGAUCGCGGCGCCCGUGCUGUUCGUGUGCGGCGACGGCGACCCGCUGUGCCCCGUGGAGACGGUGCGGGAGCUGGAGAGGCGCGCGAGGGGCGCCAAGGCCGCCGUGUACGCCGGCAGGGGCCACGGCUUCGCGCACCGCCCGGAGUCGCUCGAGGACGACGGCGACGCCGAGGACGCGUUCGCUAAGAUGAAGAGCUGGUUGCACGACCACCUGCUUGCUUGAUCUGUUGUGCAAUCGUGUGUUAUUUGUACAUUCUCUUUGUUGUGUUCGUUGUUCUGUUUGAUUACUACCGUUGUACGAGUUGCAAGUUUUCAUCAACUGGUAAAGAGAAGAGGUUCUUCAA